AUGUCAAAAGUGUGGUAUAAGGUUUUGAAGUUUGGAGGCAAACGGCUCAGCCCUUCAAAAGGGUUGAGCGCUUUCAAGCCAGAGAGCCCUUCAAAAGUGCACCAAACUGGAGGCGCUCAGCCACUCCAAGGCGUUGAGCAGUUUUGGCCCUGGAAGAAGGAGUGUUCUCUGCCUCCUGAGCACUCAGCGGAUCUGAAGCGCCCAACCCCUUGUGCUUGCUUAAUAGGAUGGACCAUGAAGAUCCCUACACUCAUCUAUCUACUUUCUAUGAGCUCAUUGGCACUAUGGGCGUUCCUGGAGAAGAUGAAGAAGCAGUAUAUUUGUUCCCUUUUCUUUGACAGAUAUAUAAGUGCUAAAUUAGCAAUAGCAACCUUCUCUCAAGGUGCUGAUGAACCUUUGUGUGAAGCUUGGGAAAGAUAUAAGUCCUUAUUGAGAAAAUGCCCAAAUCAUGGGUUUGAUGAUGUUGCACAGCUCAACAUGUUCUGUAAUGGGUUAAGGCCGCAAACAAAAAUGUUAUUGGAUGUUUCUGCAGGUGGUUCUAUGAUGAUGAAGGAUUCUGAGGAAGCAAUCACUAUCAUUGAUGCUUUGGCAGCCAGUGAUUACCAAGCUCACCAUGAUAGAAGCCAACCCACAAAAAGGGGAAUUCUGGAACUGGAUACUCAAAAUGCAAUUCUAGCUCAGAAUAAGCAUCUUUCUCAGCAGAUGGAAGAGUUAAAGAAACAGAUGUCCAAGCUUCAAGUGGGAUCAUCUUCACGCCCUCAACAGGUAAUGAGAUGUGAUUUUUGUGCAGGUGAUCAUCCAAAUGGACAUUGCACCAUCUCUGAACCAGACCAGGAGGAGGAAGUGAAUUACAUGAAUAAUCCAGGAAGGCAAGGGAAUUUCUCUGGCAAUUACAAUCAGAAUCAAGGCUGGAGGAAUAAUCAAAAUCAGUAUUCUGGGUGGAAGCAAGAAGCAGGGCCAUCACAAAGGCAACCUCCACAGAAGCCAUAUCAAAAUCAACCUUCUUAUCAGCCAGACAGGUUAUCAAAAAUGGAGGAAGCUCUUACACAAUUUAUGCAGGUUUCCACAACCAAUCAAAAAAAUAUUGAAGCUUCUAUCAGAAAUCUGGAAGUACAAAUAGGGCAGUUGGCUAAGCAAUUGGCAGAUCAGCAAAGCAACAAUUUCUCAGCCAAUACACAGGUCAAUCCUAAAGGGCACUAUCAGUCAAUUACAACCAGGAGAGGCACUAUGAUAGGAAAUGGGAUUUGUGAUAAUUUGAGAGAAAAUAAAGAUGGAGUGGAUGAAGAUAAGAGUGAAGUUGAGUUGGAAGAUAGUGAGAAAAAUGAGAGUAGAGAUGGAGAUGUGAGGGAGGAGUGUAAGAAGAAGGGGAAAGAAGUUGUUAGGCCUCCUCCAUCAAAGAAAGACAAGGAACGCCAGUUUGCAAGGUUCCUUGAUAUAAUCAAGAGGUUGCAGAUCAACAUACCCUUUGUAGAGGCUUUAGAACAGAUGUCAUCUUAUGCAAGAUUCAUGAAGGAGCAUAUGACAAAGAAUAGAAAAUUGAGUGAGGAUGGAACAGUGGAGUUAGAGGCAGGUUGCAGUGCUAUAAUUCAGAAGUUACUUCUACAAAAAUCUAGAGACCCAGGGAGUUUCACUUUGCCAGUCACCAUUGGUAAUCUCUCUGUGGGGAAGGCAUUGUUAGACUUAGGGGCUAGUAUCAAUCUUAUGCCCUUAUCUAUGUUACAGAGGAUAGGUGGUGGGGGGGUGGGACCUACCAGGAUGACUCUGCAGCUGGCUGAUAGAUCUAUAAAGUAUCCUCAUGGUAUUGUUGAAGACCUCUUGGUUAAGGUUGGUAAAUUUUUGUUUCCAGUUGAUUUUAUUGUCAUGGACAUGGAGGAGGAUUCUGAAGUUCCUCUCAUUCUGGGACACGACCAUUCAUGA